UGGGAAGGAAACAUCACACUCGCCACUACACUACUAUGGACAGGGAUUAAGCAAUAAAGGACAGAUAGAAACAUCAGGAAGAAAAUCCCUGGGCAUUAACCUUAGAUUAGAGCCUUAGGUUAUGUUGAAAGAUAAUUGAUUACGGAUAACAUUAGGAUUGAAAAAAAUGGUCAGCAUUAGACUAGAUGAAGAAAUCUGACCUUGACAUCAGCCACCAUCUGCACCAUGCGAGCGAGUGCUCCCCACUCUAGGCUGACGUCUGCCUGUAGCUAUGACUCCAGCUCUGGCGCGUCCUCCUCCUCUUCUGACGAGAGCUCUGCCCGCUGCCGGAAGUGUUCCUGGAACUCCAGCCGCGUCAUGACGUGCCCAUCUCGCCACGUACCCCACUGCAGGCUCGUCCCUGGAACCAAACGUCACCAGGUCUCUGACCACACCCCAGGGGAAUCAGCGUCCGGCUUCCAGCACCAUGAACACAACUGCCGGUCUGAUGUUUGCCGGUCUGAAGUUUGCCGGUCUGAUGUUUUCCGGUCUGAUGUUUGCCGGUCUGAUGUUUGCCGGUCUGAUGUUUGCCGGUCUGAUGUUUGCCGGUCUGAUGUUUGCCGGUCUGAUGUUUGCCGGUCUGAUGUUUGCCGGUCUGAUGUUUGCCGGUCUGAUGUUGGCCGGUCUGAUGUUUGCCGGUCUGAUGUUUGCCGGUCUGAAGUUUGCCGGUCUGAUGUUUGCAGGUCUGAUGUUUGCCGGUCUGAUGUUUGCCGGUCUGAUGUUUGCCGGUCUGAUGUUUGCGGAAAGUGUUCACUGAAGCGAUGUUACAGCCCUGAAGAGAUUAGCGACGGCUGUUUAGAUUUGAAAUCAGAUCACGAUCAUAGUAAAUACGUCGAAAACAGGCAACUGGAAAAUCACCAAUGUACUGCAGAGAAAAGUUCAACACGUCAAACACACAAACAGUGUUCCGGUCAGGAAGAUCUUUUACAUAAAGAACAACACCAGAUGUGUUAUAAGGUUGAGAUCUGCGGAAACAAUGUGAAUGUACGUGAAUCUCCAUAUAACAGUGACGAUUGUGUAAGAAAUAAAAAACAAAAUGAAUUUCAUUCUGAUGCAGACCAUUGUGCGAAACCUAGGCAGACGAAUCCAUUUCUUGAUAGCUGUUCAGAAAAUACUUGGUGUGGAAGCAAACCCAGCCGGAUUAACCAAUCAAAGAACGCCGACAACAGCGAGAAGAAAGAAUCAGAAGUAGAUAAGAAAGUUCCGUCCCGUUCGUCCACGGAUAGCAGUUGUCUAGAAGACCACCUCCCAAAGUCUUUCUGCGUCAAGCCUGAAACCAUAGAAGACAAAACCGCGAUGCUAGACAAGUCUGCUUUAAUAUCGAGAUUCCCAGAGCCUAGCUACAGCAGCUGUCUACCCAAUUUAAGCCUGUCGCUCGAAAGAUAUUCUUACGCGCCGAUCUGCGUGUCAGGCUCCAAAUGGAACCUCCCGUACAUCUGCCGUCCGGUCUGCGGGAGCCUGCUCCGGUUGUCGUCACGAACCCAGUCGUCUUGUUCCAGAUUCCAGAGUUUUCCCAGACGUCGUCCAUCCUGCGGUCAUUCCUUCUGCCAACCCGGGGCCUGCUGUCUCAAGUACUCGCUGACCAACCCGGUGUGCCAUACUUAUGUCCGCUACACCAGCUGCUUCGACCCCUGCCGCAGUACCUGUGUGGGCCACGACCCGUUGUGUGGCACAUCAUGGACAAGCUGCAGCUCUACCGGCUCAGACCCUAAACCUUACACACGCCCCAGUUACAACUUCCCGAAAUACGGGACAUCAAGUUUUAAAACGCUUAAGGAAGAACCAGAAAAACACGACCCGGAAAACUCAUUUCACACACCUCCAAAGGGAAAAACCAACCCAAAGAGCACACCUCAGAACAGCUACAACAGCCUGAGACCCCCGUCCCCACCACUACCAACGUCGAAGCUCUCCACACCCAAGCACUCUAUCGAGUUCAGACCUCCGUCUCCCCCAAUACCAAGGUCAAAGGCCGCCACGCCCAGGCACUCUAUCGAGUUCAGAAUCCCAGAGGAUGAAGAACACAACAAGGUCAGCAUCCCGUCCCCCAACUACCCCACCUACCAACACGUCGUGGUGAAAACUGUGGAGACCUACACCCAGUCGACCCUCACAGCUCCCAUCAUGGUGGACAAGUUCACCCAGGUCGACGUCCAGGUCUCCAACCAAUCCACCGGAACUGACGUCACCGACACGUCAUCCAAGUACACCAACACGGAGCCCAAAGAACUCGCGGACAAGUCGACCGAGUUCUAUACCACAGAAACGAGCACCAAAAACUUCUUCCCGACCUGCUUCAUCCCCAGCCUGACCCUACCCUGCUGUCUUGGCACGUGUGACACCCGCAAGCGACUCUGCUUCACCCCCUUCGAGAAGUUCAGAAACCCCUUCCAACGUACACCGUCCUACCGACAAACAGUUCGCUGUCUGGACAUUUAUCGCAGCGUGCUGGGCGAAAACACCGAGACAGAUGUCCUCAGUUUGAGCAACAAUCCCGCCCGCCCAAAAAAUAAAUGCUCGCCGCUGAAAAAUCGCGACUGGUGCUACGUGUAUAGGUAGUGGCGAACAUUGAGAGCUCUUGCGUGGAAGUGUUUGCAGGAAGAUCUUGCAGUGUUACUGGUCUUGAUCAUCCAAUCAGAACUAAGGUGUGUUCGCCAGCCAAUCAGAGCUCAGAUGUGUGACUUAGCUGGCCAAUCGUCAGAGUGAAUGUAUUUUAAACAUGUAACAACUAACCAAUAAAAUAAUCUAAGAUUU